AUGAUCUGGUACGGUUGUUUGUAUCAAAUAGCCGUGGGGCUUCUAUCUUUAUGGAUGUUGAAAAUCGCUUACUUUUUCAUAAAACGUAGAUAUACACCAUCUUCGAUAGUUGAUCAAAAUUCUACAGAAGAAAGCGAUGUUUAUACAAGCAGUGAAAAUGCAUUCAAUGAAUCUUCGUCAGAAAGCUUUAAUUUAGAAAAUGAAAAAAAAACAAUGGAUAUAAAUAAUGUUACCGAGUGUAGUGGCUACGGUUUUACUGCAGAUGAAAUGAUGGAAAAUCACAACUAUUCUACAUCUCAAAAUGUUUUGAACACCUGUAACAAUAAUUCAGAUUCACAUUCUUCGAUUAUUUCAUGGGAGUCUUGUAAUAAAGAAAUUAGCCACCCUGAAUUGGACUUUGUAAAUAGUCUGUUUUCUGAAAAUCAUACAGAAACAUGUCAAMCGCUCAAUCUAUGCAUUAGAGACAAAAAAAAUGAAACAGAAACAAAUAAAACAACUAGAACAUUUUUCACAGACAGAAAAUAUAAAAGCACAAAAGGAAUACAAAAAAUAAACUCUGAAAAAUAUCUAUUUACAGAAAUUAUGAAAGAUCCAAAUUUUCCGAAAGAAUGGGAUAAAAUGAAGACUGAAUUUGAUAUUUUGAAGCACACUGAACGUUCYUUUAACUCUGAUCAAUUGAAGAAUUUAGACUGUUUUGAAAAUAUAGAAUACACACUAAAUAAUGACAAAGUAGAAUACAAUUUGGAUUACACAGAACAUGAACUGAAGAAUGAAAACAAUUUGGUGAUGACUAAAAUCUCUUCUAUACAUCAUGAUGAAUACUGCAGUUUGGACAACACAGAUUAUGAACUGAAAAAUGAAAACCAUUUAGAGAUUACAAAAGUACCUAUAUGCACUUAUAAAUUUAAAUAUCAACUCUCUUCUAUAUAUCACGGUGAAUUAGAAGAUGCAUACAGUUUGGAUCACACAAAACAUGAACUGAAGCUUGGAAACAAUUUGGAGAUCACAGAAAUUUCUUCUAUACAUAGCGAUGAUUGUAGUUUGGAUAAUACAGAGCGUGAGCUAAAAGAUGAAAACAAUUUAGAGAUCAUAGAACUCUCUUCUGAAUAUCGUGGUGAACUGGAAGAUGAAUACAAUCUAGAGAUCACAAAACAUUCCUUAGAUGAUGAUGAAAUGAUGCUUGGAAACGAUUUAGAGAUAACUAAACUCUCUUCUAUACAUCAAGAURGMCAACAUGAUGAAAAUAAUUUAGAGAGCCUAGAACUCUCCUCUUUAAAUAAUGACAAAAGCAUUUCUGGUAUCGAUAGUCCUAAUAUGAAAUUUAAUCAUGUUUAUGAGGAUCAAGACAGCCAAAAGUUUAAUAAUAUUUCUUCAUCUGAAUGUACAGAAUCAUUUCCAAGUCCUAUAUUCAACAACGAUAGUUCAGUCGAUGAUAUUCGGUAUGUGGAAGAUUACAACGAUAUAAGCUUUUUUGGUUCAACAUUUUCAGAUGAUGCCAUGAAUGAAGCAUUUGUUGAAGAUUAA